UCCUUACACCAUAAAUUUAAAAAUUGCAACUACUUUUAUUUUUUUUUUAGAUUCUUUAAAUCUUUGGGAAUUCUAUAUAUAGCUGCUUGGUCUAACCACUAGACUCUACAUUUCUCAGUAAUUCUAAUUUUAAUUUUUGUGAUGUCAUCCUAAAAUUGUGAUGUAAACUAUCUCCCCAUCUUUCUGGUUUAUUUGCUGCUUUCAUUUCAGAGAAUAUCCACCUUUGUGAUGCAGAGCAUGGCUUUUUUACAGUCUUUUUCCCCUGUGCCAGGAUCACAGGUAUUUGUAAACGGAGAUCUCAAACUUCAUCAGCGGCAACCCCUUCACCAUGCUGGGCUGGAUAGCAGAUACAAUGUAUCUGUGAUCAAUAGUACAAGUCCUUUUGCCCAAGACUAUGAUUUUGUGAACAUCGUUGAAACAUAUCAGAAGAGGAAUGUUACAACAGUUUUGGCUGGCCCCAGUCCCAUUUGGGUGACUGGAAGAUCACAAGAUCAACCAUUUGUGAUCCAGGCCUUCAUCCAUUAUCCGAUGGAAUUGAUUGUAUAUCAGCCAGGCUUCUGGGAGAUUAUGAAGUUUGCCUGGAUACAGUACAUUAGCAUCCUCCUGAUUUUUUUGUGGAUUUUUGAAAGAAUAAAAAUCUUCCUUCUUCAAAAUCAAGUGCUGAACACAGUGCCGGUGUCUCCGCUUCCCCCGCCGCAGUCCUAUAAAGAGCACAAAUCCUGACCAAGCCUGCACAGAGGAAGAACUUUGCUCUCAGUGGCCUCCACUGCUUUGCAUUUGGAAGAUGAGGCUUUCCACAGGAUGGGUUUAUGUAUUAUUUUUGCAAAGUUUAUCAGUAUAGAUUUUCUUUCCUGUCCUAUUUUCAGAAAUCUGUUUGUUAUUAUGGUCUAUCAGAUGGCAUAACUAUAAUACAGUGACAAGAUGAACAAUUUAA